CUCUUGCAACUCUGAUGUGAUGCAUGCUCAAAAACUACACCAGGUUUUGAGGGCUUUCCACCUCCUCUUGUGGUGUUCACUGCACUCUUUCUCACAACCUCGGCCUCCCAAUAUAACACCGCCACCCCCUACACCUUCCUCCAUCUGUGGUUUCCACUCCACCGGAUGCCGUCCCCCUCCAGCAUCUUCUCUUUUCGUUCCCCAACACUUGCAACUACUUUCGCUCCUAACCACGGCCAAAGACGCAGCACCCGUUAUGUGGCCGGCUACCUUUCCCCUUUGCUUCAUGCUUUGCGGGGUAUGGAUUUCUGCCUCCGAGGUCCAGGCCGCCCUGCCUCCAAACUUAAUCAUGACUCAAAUGGUCCAGAUGUUUCAGGAUUUUAUGAGACAGUUCAACAAAACUUACGAAAGCCAAGAAGAGACACACCGUCGCUUCAAGGUUUUCAUGCGCAACUUGGAAGUCAGCCAUGUGCUGCAGGUGUCUGAGCUGGGCACUGCCCAGUAUGGCAUCACCCGCUUCAGCGACCUGACAGAACAUGAGUUUGCAAAGAUGUAUGGCAUGUCUCUUCCCUCACCAGCGCCACCAGUGAAACAGUUGAGCUACCCCAACCUGGGAAAUAUUGCAAAUAAAUCCAUAUCUCAAUCCUGCGACUGGAGAAAGGCAGGCGCCGUCUCAGCGGUGAAAGACCAGGGACCAGAUUGCAGAUCUUGCUGGGCUUUUGCAACUGUCUCCAACAUCGAAGCCUUGUGGAACAUCCACCAGCAUGUGCCACGAAACCUUUCAGUGCAAGAGGUAAUAGACUGCGCCUACAAGAAGACAGGCUGCCAGGGGGGCUUUGUAUGGGACGGACUCCUGGCUGUAUUCAAAAACAGGGGGCUAUCGAGCAGCGUCCUGUACCCCUACGUGGGCAGAAACCAGCCCUGCCAGGAACACCGGAGGAAAAAAGUGACCCCAAUCUACGGCUAUGAGGUCCUCCCCAGGGAUGAAAAAUACAUAGCUGGCAUUGUGGCUUCCCAAGGGCCGGUGACAGCGUUGUUCAACAUGAAGGUCCUUCAGAAUUAUAAAAAGGGCAUCCUCCGGAGACCUUCCCAGGACUGCCGCCCAGAUCACCUGGAUCACGUCGGGGUCAUUGUGGGCUUCAAUGAAGUCAAAUCUCGGCGGGGAUCCUGGACCGGACCAUAUUGGAUCAUCCAAAAUUCAUGGGGAGAGCACUGGGGAGAACAAGGGUAUUUCCGUCUGCACCGUGGCACCAACACCUGCGGCAUCGCCAUGUACGCCGUGACUGCGACGGUCAAGGAUUCGGAGAGAAAGAAGCCUGUUCUCUGCCCUGCCGCUUGAUGACACAACUGGGUGGCACAUGUCCCUGUGCGUACAAGGCAGAACCUGUGGCCUUCUAGAUCUCAUGGGACCAUACAAGGACCAUAAAUCUACCCAAUGCCCCAAAACCUCCCAUGACUUUUGGCCAUGAUGCCCGAGAUUCAUGAUGCCCAAAACCAGGUGGAAGCCAAAAGAUCAGUCCUGGUACCUCUCUCCACCUCCAUCAUCUGACAUCUCAAGCUGUCCCUUUCUAGGGAUGCUUUCCGUUAGCUUUGCAACAGCCAAGGUUAUUGGAAUACAAAUCCCAGCAGCCUUGGCUAGCAUAGGUAAUGGUGAGGGAUGCUGGGAGUUGCAGUCCUGGAGGGCCCCACCGAUGCCACAAACAUCAUCGCCCAAUAUCUCAAGCUGUCCCUUUCAAGGGAUACGUUCCAUUAGCUUUGCAUCAGCCAAAUCUCCGCCAAGGUUAUUGGACUGCAAGUCCCAGCAGCUCUAGCCAACAUAAGUAAAGGUGAGGGAUGCUGGGAGAUGCAGUCCAAUAUAAAAAUGUACAAAAGAGA